ACAGGACUUCCUCAUUCUAAGAACGUUAAGCAGCUGUGCUAACCUGUCAGUGAUGUACUAGUUACUAUCUCACACAGAGUUGCUUUGAUCUGAGCAUCUAUCUCCUGAACUCAUUGGAAUAAAAGAGUCAUAUUUCCUGGAGCGUUUUUCCUGAAAACAAGAAUUGGAUGCCCUUCCACCUUUACACCUCCACCACAUUAACAGCAUGCAGCAGACACCAAACCCCUAUUCCCAGCAAUUGGACACAGUGAUUGGGAUCCUACCUCAAGUGCAGGCCGCAGUGAAGGAGAUGGUGGUGGAUAAUGGGAGGCCUCUCCAUCACUCUGAUGUCAUCUUACCAUACAGUAUCAGUCAAGAAACGCAGAAGAGCUUCUUUACAAAUAAGGAGGGGGACCAAAAGGCUUCACAAACUGCAACUUUUAGUUCCUCCAUAGAGGCUCCUUUAGAUUCUGUAACCAAUGGACGUGUUUUGAAGAAGAAUGAAAAAGAGAGGACAUAUGAAAAACAAAGUCAACCAAUGUCACCCACAGAAACACUGAAACAUUUCCACUGUCAUCUCACAAAGUUUGAACUGAAGGAGAUCAUGGACUAUUCUGAGAUAUGGUACUUGGGUCUGGACACCAAAAAGAUUGAAGGCUUACAUGGGACAUCACUGAAUUCUGGCUAUGAUGAUGGGCAUGGUAAUUACAUUGUGGUUCCACAUGAUCAUAUUGCAUUCCGCUUUGAAGUUCUGGAGAUGAUUGGGAAAGGAUGCUUUGGCCAAGUCUUGAGAUGUCUUGAUCAUAAAACAAAUGAAGUAGUUGCAAUUAAAGUUAUCCGCAACAAGAAAAGAUUUCACCAUCAGGCCUUAGUAGAGUUGAAGAUCCUUGAUGCUUUGAGGAGAAGAGAUGAUGACAACAGCCACAAUGUCAUCCACAUGAAGGAAUACUUCUACUUUCGCAACCACCUCUGCAUUUCAUUUGAGCUGUUGGGAGUGAACCUGUAUGAACUAAUUAAGAAGAAUAAUUUUCAUGGCUUCAGUUUGGCACUGAUUCGUCGCAUAGCUCGCUCCUUACUUAAGUGUCUGCAGAUGUUACAAAGAGAGAAAAUCAUCCACUGUGACCUUAAACCGGAGAACAUCCUUUUGUGUCCAAAGAGCCAGGGAAAUAUUAAAGUGGUUGACUUUGGAUCCAGUUGCUAUGAACAGCAAAGAGUGUACACCUACAUCCAAAGCCGCUUUUACCGCUCCCCGGAAGUGAUCCUUGGGCACCCUUACAGCAUGGCUAUUGAUAUGUGGAGUCUGGGCUGUAUCCUUGCAGAGCUCUAUACUGGUUACCCCCUUUUUCCAGGAGAGAGUGAAAUGGAGCAAAUUGCAUGCAUUGCUGAGGUGUUAGGACUGCCUCCCGAUUACUUUAUACAGACUGCAUCCAGACGGAGAGUAUUCUUUGGUUCCAAGGGAAACCUCAAGAAUAUUACUAACAGCAAGGGGAAAGUACAUCAUCCUAACUCAAAACACCUGGCUAGUGUUUUGAGGACAAAUGAUACUCUUUUCUUGGACUUCCUUAAGGGCUGUCUUAUGUGGGACCCGAGUGAGCGCAUGACACCUGAUGAGGCCAUGCAGCAUGAGUGGAUUCAGGAGAGUUUUCAAAAGACUGGCAUUAAAAUUCAGCCAGACAGAAAACCUGCUGACACACCAGACCAGACCAAGAAAGGCUCAUUCAGGAUGAACUGCGGCUGACUGUGUCUGACUUCAAACGUCAAUGACUGCCAGUGUCAGCCGGGAGGAGCUAGAAAAGACAGCAGCCUGCCUGGACACACCGGCUGCAGUCUACCUAACCUGACUCAGACAUCGUGGGAAAUAAUGCAGAAUUUUGUUUGCAUUGAAUACAGUUUAAAUUCUCUUCCUAUUCAUUAAAAUGAACAUGAUGACUGACAAAAUAAAUUACUAUGAUGAUGUGUUAAUAAA